AUGGCUAAACGUUUCAUAGGUCCCAAAACAAAUACGCUGGUCAUCAAUGAGAAAUGCGAUGUUAAUUGUCAUGAGGAACAAAACUAUCAGACGGAACUGCUAAAUAGUAUUCUAUAUAAUUUAAAGGAAGAAUUCGCCAUACAGUUGUUUUUCGGCUUUUAUAAUGAUCGAUUAUGGGAUUAUAAUAUAUUUAUAGUGGACUCGCAUGAGUCAUUUCUAUAUGUACGCUAUAGCUUACCCACCACCUGGGAAGAGCGUUAUUUCUACUUUUUCAUUUUACUAACUUGGAGCACUAACAAUGAAGUAGAACUCAAUGAAACUCUUUACAAAAUAUUUAGUACAGCUUUGAGUUUGAGUGUCAGAAAUGUGGUUAUAAUGAGUAAAGCCUUCAAUGGAGAUCACAUCAGUUUCUACGCUUAUGAACUCUUUAAUAAAGAUCAUUGUCUAAAUAAGAUUAUUGUGCGUGAAAUUAAUCGCUACGAAAAUGGAACUCUACUGAAUCAAUUUUUAUUUCCCGAUCACAUUAAUGAUUACCACGGUUGUGGGUUAAAUGUAUCGGCUCAUAAAAUGGCACCACUUUUAACUUUUAAUGGCGAUGUAAACAAUGAAACACAUUUAAUGGAGAUCAAUCGCUUCAGUGGUAUUGAAGGUGAUAUUUUGAAAGAAAGGAAUAUAAUUAAUUAUAUGUAUAAUUCGAUGGGUUGUUUUGGAGAUCUGGAUACAGGACGUUCCCAAAUAGCCAUUGGAGGUUUUAGCUCGACUUUGUGGAAUAGCGCCAAGUAUAGCAAAUCUGUAAUUUAUCAUACUACCCCAUUUGUAUUUGCGAUUCGCAGUGGUGUAUGUUUCGGUCCAAUCAAGCAACUACUCAAUCCUUUAUGUCCCUCUAUAUGGACAUUUCUACUGAUUUUAUUUUCUGCAUCAUUUAUUUUUACCAAAUUAAUACAGACCAAACCAAAAGUACGUGACUUUGUAUUUGGGCCGAAUAAUAAAAAUCCAAUAUAUUCAAUGUUUGUAAUAUUUUUCGGCAACUCAUUACCAACACGAUUAAUACCAAGACGAAAUUUUGCUCGAUUUCUUAUGGCUGCCUGGCUACUGCUAACAUUCGAAGUACGCAAUGGUUAUCAGGGGAAAAUGUUUGAUAGUUUACGUUUUUCGAAACGUAUUCCAGUGCCGCAAAGACUUUCACAACUAAUAGAACAGGAUUACACUUUAUUGACACACACAUUUAAUGAUUACUAUCCAGCAAAUAAAACACAAAUCAUUACUAACAGCACUAGACGUCUGGAUAUGCUUCAGAUGAGUACUUCAAAAUUAACUGCUACUGCUACUUUGGAUACUUUGGCUCAUUAUAAUUAUAAUAAUUGGAAUACUAGUUCAUUGACCUACAUCGAGGAAACCAUACAUUCAUUUCCAUGUGUCAUGUACUUUAGGAAACAUUCCAUAUUACGUUCGAGCAUCGAUCGAAAGUUAAAGUUAUUCUCCGAUGCCGGUAUUAUUUCACACAUUGUAAGGAAGCAUGUUCGUACCAAGUUCCUGAAGAUGAAUACCCAUUCACAAUUUGUAAGCAGAUUGGCAAAUCAAAAUCUAACAGGAUUGUAUUUAAUAAGUGGCGUCAUGUUUUUGAUUUCAACAGUUGUGUUUAUUCUAGAAUUGCUUACCCGUAAGUCGCAAAGAUUGGAAAAAUUUAUGGAUAUGUUAAAUUCUUUUUAA